UCCGCUGAGAUCACAGAAGACACACAUUACACGGAACGUUCUGUCCUUCUCUGGACAUAUCUGGAGAGUUUAGGGGAAGCGAAAAGAAAACUCUCUCCCUGUGACAUUAUUUGCUUGCACUAGAACGUGUGCCUGGAACAAACAAACCAAAGGUAGCUACAUAGAGAGACCCCUGUCCCAGUGUAUUCUGGAAAACUCCGAGGCACCUCUGGCCUGGGGAGAGGCCGUUUUCCGACUGCGCUGCCAAAAGGAGACAGGAAAAAAAGCCCCCCCAGUUUGAGCACAGUGGACUCAAUGAGGGAGCCAGAGAGGGAGGAGCAGCUUGACGACGGCAUGCCUCCCAAAUUCAAACGGCACCUCCACGAUGACGAGGUCACGGGCUCUGUGCGCAGUGAGAGGAGAAACUUGCUGGAGGAGGACUCUGAUGAAGAGGAAGACUUCUUCCUGAGAGGACCCACAGGACCAAGAUUUGGACCAAAAAAUGACAAAAUCAGACACGUGCAGUCGCAGGUUGAUGAGGUCAUCGAUGUCAUGCAGGAGAACAUCUCCAAGGUGAUUGAGAGGGGCGAACGUCUGGACGACCUGCAGGACAAAUCAGAGAGCCUGUCGGAUAAUGCCUCAGCCUUCAGCAGCCGCGCCAAGCAGCUUCACAGGAGGAUGUGGUGGAGAGACGUGAAGAUGAAGGCAAUAAUCGCUCUGGUUGUGCUGGUGCUUCUGCUCAUUAUUAUCGUACCUGUGAUCCUGCGCUAUCGCUAGAUGUCUCCAGUGUCUCCUGGCCACACCCACUCCUCCACACCAGCGUGAGACACACACACACACACACACACACACACACACACACACACACUAGGUCCAGGGUCCAGCUCCGUGUGUGUGCAGCCCACCCCCCCACAUACUGAAUGCAUUUCAUCUGAACAUAUCAGUAAGCAAAUGCACGCACACACACACACACACACACACACACACACACAUAGAUACUUCACUUGAAGACGGUCUGCUGUCAGUCAGGCCAGUUGGUGCCUGCUUUCCUCAUCACAGGUGCUUUUCUCAGCCAUCUUUAAAAAACUCUUACUCGUCGUUGGAAACGCUUCCUGGAACGGACACUUAACUGUCCUCAGGUUAUGGCUUAACUUACUGGUGCAACUGGAACUGGGAAUCAGAUAUAAUGUUAGAGCCCAUACUUACAUGUAUUCUGAAUAUACUCAAGCACACCACUCACACACACACACACACACACACACACACACACACACACAUGCACACACACAUGCACACACACACACACACACACACACACACACACACACACACACACACACACACAUGCAUACUCAGUUGCUAAAGGAAUUGAUGGUAGUUUUUUCCCCCCCAUCAAGUGAAGUAAAUGGAAAACCACAAUCCAAGUAAUUUGUAUGUAGUUUUGGUUAAGAUUGCGAUGAAUGAAACAGAUCUGACACCAGAUAAGAGGACCUGUGUUGGUGUCUAUAUGUAACCUGCAACAAUUUGGUUUUAAAUCUCACAUCAAAUGUAUACAGUUCUAGGGAUUCAAGUAAGUAACGCUUUUAAAUAUGUGCUGCUAUUACCAUCCACAAUGACAGGGACAAAUGUAAUUGGGGAAAUGAGGGGUCUUGACUAUGGCUGUUACUUGUAUUGUGCGCUUAGUUUAUGUUAGGAAGGGACUUCUUUUUGCAACUUGCAUCUUAAGUGGAGAGUCAUCAAAGCCGGACUUUAUUGUGUGGUUAUACAGUUUGGUAUAGGAAUUAAUUGGUUAUGAUUUGGACGGUUUAUCACAGAUUAAGUUGUCAGUCAGCAUUUAUGGACUGGGAUUCACACAUCUGUAUAUUAGGACCAUACUGAUAUUGUUUUUUCUUUGUUAUUUUCAGAUUGUUAUUAUGAUUUAUAUUAUUAUUAUUAUUAUUAUUAUUAUUUGUAUUUAAUGUAAAUAUUUUUAAGUUGAUGUAAAUAUUCAUUCCAUAGACGAAGACUCAACAAUGUAACAUUUGCAGACUGUGAACUACUUGACCUAUUUCUUUGAAAUAAAGUAAUUUUAAAAGGG